UUGAAGAGAAGAAAGAAGAGUUCUUUCCCAGGAAGUCCCUCCAAAGUUGAAAUCCCAACGAUCAGUUUUUUUCUUUUUCACCAUUCUUGAGUCCCACUCCCAGUAUAAAAAUUCGGAACAAUCAAGAAAAAAAUUGCACUGUUUUUUUUUUUUUUUUACAUUCAGAAACAUGAAAUCUUACAAGAAUUUGAAGUUGUUGUUCAUAACAAUUUCGAUUCUCUUAUUACCCAUAUGCUCCUCGUCUUCAUUUCAAGAAUCAGAGGUUAUAGAAUCUUUAGUGAAUCGUCUGACAACCAAGAAACCAUCUCCAUCGGAGCAAGAAUCCGCCGCCAGAGGCGUUCUUCGUAGAUUACUUCCAGCCCAUUUGUCAAGCUUUGAGUUCGAGGUCAUCACAAAGGAUGCCUGUGGUGGAAAUAGCUGCUUUCAAAUAAGCAAUUACAAGAAUUCAAGUAGAAAUUCGGCUGAGAUAAUGAUAAAAGGAACUACAGCAGUUGAGAUCACAUCGGGACUUUACUGGUACUUAAAGUACAUGUGUGGGGCCCACAUUUCUUGGGAGAAGACAGGCGGUGCUCAACUUGCGUCAGUUCCGAAGCCAGGAUCACUUCCUCCAGUGAGAAACGAGGGUGUGAUGAUUCAGCGUCCUGUUCCUUGGAACUAUUACCAGAAUGUUGUCACUUCCAGCUAUUCAUAUGUUUGGUGGGAUUGGGAAAGAUGGGAAAAGGAAAUCGAUUGGAUGGCACUUCAAGGAGUUAACCUGCCUCUAGCAUUCACAGGACAGGAAUCCAUUUGGCAAAAAGUUUUUGCAGAGUUUAAUAUUACUAAGGGCGAUUUGAAUGAUUUCUUUGGUGGACCUGCCUUUCUUGCUUGGGCACGUAUGGGAAACUUACACAGGUGGGGUGGACCCUUGACCGAGAAUUGGUUAAGCGAACAGUUGAAGUUGCAAAAACAAAUAUUAUCCCGAAUGGUCGAGCUCGGGAUGACUCCAGUUCUUCCAUCAUUUUCUGGGAACGUUCCGGCUGCGCUAAAAGAAAUUUUUCCGAAAGCAAACAUAAGCCGACUUGGGGACUGGAAUACUGUUGACGGUGAUACACGAUGGUGUUGCACUUACCUUCUAGAUCCUUCUGAUCCUUUAUUUAUUGAAAUUGGAGAAGCAUUCAUCAAACAACAGAUUAAAGAAUAUGGAGAUAUCACAGACAUCUAUAGCUGUGACACGUUCAACGAGAACACUCCACCUACAAGUGACCCGGCAUAUAUAUCAUCCCUCGGUUCUGCAGUAUAUACGACAAUGUCUAAAGUCAACAAAGAUGCUGUGUGGCUAAUGCAAGGCUGGCUAUUCUAUACAGAUUCAUCGUUUUGGCAACCACCACAAAUGAAGGCACUUCUACAUUCUGUCCCGUUUGGGAAGAUGAUAGUGCUCGAUCUAUUUGCUGACGUCAAACCAAUUUGGAAAUCUUCAUCUCAGUUUUACAACACUCCUUAUAUAUGGUGUAUGCUGCAUAACUUUGGUGGAAAUAUCGAAAUGUAUGGUGUAUUGGAUGCAGUGGCUUCAGGACCUAUCGAUGCUCGUACCAGCAACAAUUCGACAAUGAUUGGUGUCGGCAUGUGCAUGGAAGGAAUCGAACAAAAUCCUGUCGUGUAUGAGCUUAUGUCUGAAAUGGCAUUUCGAAAUGAUUCAGUUCAACUCGAGGAAUGGCUGACAACUUAUUCACGUAGACGAUAUGGUAAAUCUGUAAAUGAAGUCGAGUCUGCAUGGAAAAUUCUUCAUCGUACCAUAUAUAACUGCACUGAUGGAAUUGCAAACCAUAACAAGGACUACAUAGUGAAAUUUCCUGAUUGGGAUCCAUCCGUAAAUAAUCAACUCGAAAUAAUUCAGAGGCGUAAAUUUACGGGUGUACAACAAAAGAUGAGGUUUUUUAUCCACGAAACGAUGUCUUUUUUGCCUCAGCCUCAUUUAUGGUAUAACAAUCGGGACUCCAUCACUGCCUUAAAGCUGUUCAUCGAUGCUGGAAAUGAACUCGCUGAAAUUCCCACGUACAGGUACGAUUUGGUGGAUUUAACAAGGCAGUCACUCUCGAAACUUGCAAACGAGGUGUACUUGAGUGCGAUAAAUGCUUUUCAGGAUAAGGAUGCAAAAGCUCUAAGUUUUCAUUCUCUGAAAUUCCUACAACUCAUCAAAGACAUCGAUAAACUUCUUGCUUCGGACGAUAAUUUUCUACUCGGCACUUGGCUCGAAAGUGCAAAAAAGCUUUCGUCGAAUGCAGAUGAAAAGAAGCAGUACGAGUGGAAUGCAAGGACACAAGUAACAAUGUGGUACGACAACACUAAGUCCGUGCAGAGCAAGCUUCAUGACUACGGGAAUAAGUUUUGGAGCGGACUAUUAGAAGCGUACUAUCUUCCACGGGCAUCGAUGUAUUUUACGCGUUUAUCGAAAAGCUUAGAAGAAAACGAGGAAUUUAAAUUGGAGGAAUGGAGAAAAGAGUGGAUUGCAUAUUCAAACAAGUGGCAAAAAAGUGUGGAGAUUUACCCAUUAAAGGCACAAGGUGAUGCUCUUGCUAUAGCUAAGGAACUCUAUCACAAAUAUUUCAUAUAGGUAAUAAAACAAAUUGGUAAUAAUAACUUAAGUGUUCUGAUUUUGUACUUCAAAUGAGGAAUCGGGUAAUUACCAUCGCGGUAGAGAAUGUGUGUGAUUAUGUGCAGAUCAACGGCUAAUAAACCUCGAUAAGUGUAGCAUCCAAAGAACCGGUAUUUACAUUAAAGCCUGUCUUUUUCCAUACUAUUAGUUAUUAAUGUUUCAACAACCAAAA